CCAUACCCCACGUUCCCAGUUCAAAUCGCUCUUUCAUCGAUUAACUACACUGAGGUUGUUAUAGCUCCGAUUAGAUAAGGCUUACCUUUAACGUUCCGUAUUCCAGAAGGGCAGACAGCCGCCUUAUUCAUUAAUCCAAACGUCCACAACAACAACUGCAACAACCGAAACAAACAUUAACCACCAACAAGCAAAGACAUUUCUUGGUCUACUUCGCUAGGUUACCUACAGUAGGCACUUAGCAUUUUUGCAGCUUGUCCCCCAAAGAACUUACCAUAUCAUUCCAUACUCAUUCCAUUCACAUUUUACUCACUUCUCCCUACCGGCGCAACAAAAUAUCCAAACUUCACCGUCAAAUUACCAAACACCGCCAAGAUGUCAGACGACGAUGACUUCAUGCAGGAGUCGGAUGCGGAGCAGUACGACUUCGACUAUGAAGACGAUGACGACGAAGAGUCCGGUGAUAUAAACAUAGAGAAUAAGUAUUACAAUGCCAAGCAGCUAAAGUCCAGUGACCCCGAUGAGGCGAUCGGAGAGUUUCUGGGCAUUCCGGCUCUGGAGUCAGAGAAAGGCGAUUGGGGCUUCAAGGGUCUGAAGCAGGCCAUCAAGCUCGAGUUUCGACUGGGAAAAUACAACGAGGCAGUCGAGCAUUACACCGAGCUUCUCACAUACGUCAAGUCGGCUGUCACGCGAAAUUAUUCCGAGAAGUCUAUUAACAAUAUGCUGGAUUAUAUUGAGAAGGAGUCGGAGAAUGAUGCCGCACGAAAGGCUAUGGAGCAGUUCUAUUCCUUGACUCUAAACUGCUUCCAGAGUACGAACAACGAGCGCCUUUGGCUCAAAACCAAUAUCAAGCUGGCGAAGCUUCUUCUUGAUCGGAAGCAAUACUUUUUGGUCACUAAGAAACUACGCGAGCUACAAAAGGCAUGUCAACGCGAGGACGGAACCGACGACCCUAACAAGGGAACCUAUUCCUUGGAGAUCUACGCCUUGGAGAUACAGAUGUAUGCUGCGACUGGAAACAACAAACAAUUGAAAGUACUCUACCAGAAAGCUCUCAAGGUCCGUUCUGCCGUGCCACAUCCCAAGAUUAUGGGAAUCAUUCGUGAAUGUGGCGGCAAAAUGCAUAUGAGCGAGGAAAAUUGGAAAGAUGCUCAAAGCGACUUCUUCGAAUCGUUUCGCAACUAUGACGAGGCCGGAUCAUUGCAACGAAUUCAGGUCCUCAAAUACCUCCUCCUCACCACCAUGCUCAUGAGAUCCGACAUCAACCCUUUCGACUCGCAAGAAACCAAGCCAUAUCGCAAUGAUCCUCGAAUAGCCGCCAUGACGGAGCUGGUUGACGCAUUCCAACGUGAUGAUAUGCACGCCUAUGUCAGCGUACUCCAGAAGAACCAGGACAUCUUGGCCGACCCGUUCAUUGCGGAGAAUAUUGACGAGGUUACGCGCAACAUGCGUACCAAGGCGAUACUGAAGCUGAUUGCGCCAUACACUCGUAUGGAGAUUGCAUGGAUUGCCAAUCAACUGAACAUAACAAAGACGGAGGUUGAAGAUAUCCUAGGACCCCUCAUCGUAGAUGGCAAGGUCGUGGGUAAGAUGAACCAACAGCUAGGAUACCUUGACAUCGAAUCACCAGAAGAAAUCAAGCGAGAGAAUGCCAUCGCAGCUUGGAACAAGUCCUUGCAAGACCUAUACAUCGCCGCGUUCAAGGAUAGUUUUCGAGUCACCGACCCUCAAUCACAGAUCGAUGACGCAACCUUGCCCCCUAUAUUCCCCGACGGUAGCAGUCGUAGAACUGGCUAUGGGAGACCCAAGAGAGGGGGCAAGCUUUUUUACUAGGAUACUUUGCGUCCUCCUGAAUCGAGUUGAAAUGUGCCAAAAAAACGUUUCAAUGAGGGUCAACCACUUUCGCUGGCAUACAAAUGAUGGAACUAAGCAGGUGGGGUUGAAGCUAUGAGUUUAUUAGAGGCCUAGGUGCCUAUACUAAUCUCAAGGCGGCGUGGCCGAUGCGGCGUGUGUCCCUACUUAGCAUCGAGUGUGUCUAGAUAGCAUACGAUCAGUAACGCCGUGAUGAAUCAAUAAGACAAUGAAUUAUAAUAG